UACGAGAGUUUGCACUACCAUGUUAUACCAUGGCCAUACAGGUCAACAGCCUGCACGAAGACGUCACAGUGACGGCAAAGUCCGAGAGAAAGUACGGGUGUAGCUGGAAGGUACUGCUCUGCUGUGUGAUUGCGGCGCUCCCGACGCUCCUCGCAGGCAUCACUAUAUCCAUCCCUUCGCCGGUGGCUCUGGACCUCACCGAGAACGAAAUGGGACUCCCUCCAGACUUUCAACUCUCGACGACUGACAAAUCACUUUUUUCUGUAAGAAGUUUCACCCGCACCGUAACAAGAAAAUGUUCCCUCAGUUCAGCUGUGUCCUGUACGUCAUCGGCUACCUCAUGAUCAGCUAUGCUCACUUUGCUUCAACUGCAUUCACCUUCAUAUCCCUGCUCCAGACGGGACGCUUCAUCUCUGGAGGGAGUAUGGGAUGGUCUUCCACUGCAUUCGCUGUGUAUAUAGGAGAGAUAUCAUCAUCUAGUCUUAGAGGUCUCUUUGGGAUCCUAAUGACAGGGUCGACAAUGGUGGGAGUAACACUCACCUUUGCCCUCAGCUCAAUCGACGGUUUCUACUACUACCACAUAUCACUGGUGGCGGUAGGGAUUGUGGCAGUGUUUGAGGUGCUCAUGGUAUGGACGCCAGAGACCCCGAGGUCCCUACUGUCUAGAGGAUACGUGAAGGAGGCAAAGAAGGUCUUAAAGUGGUUGAGAGGCUCAGAGUACGAAGAAGAGUUCCAGGAGAUAAAACAUCUUGUGAUUGAAUCGAGAACGAACAAGAAACAGCCGUGGAGGAGCAUGCUAAAGAGAAACUCCCUCGUUCCUUUCUUAUACGUGGUGGUUGUUAUUUCAGUC